AUGAUACCACAGGCCGGGCCGGCACAAACGGCAAGUGAAGGGCCGGCGCCAUCGCCAGAGGAGCUUCUGGCCAUGGUCGAGUUCUUACAGCAGCAAGGGCUAAACAUGGACCAAGCACCGCCUGAUCUUAAGGCAAGUCCAUGGAACCUCAGCACGAACAGUCCGGUGCAGCGACCCCCGGGGCUUAUGAACGCCAGCUAUAAAACUUUUUCACCUGACGGCUACCCAAGCCAUGUCUUGACGAUACCCAAAUCCCUGCUCAUGGAGCACGAUGCUGCUCCCCACGGAACCUUGACCUCCUUGAACCUUGCCCCGACGAUGCUGGAAAAUGUGAAGAAGCAAAAGGCGGCGAAGGCUGGUACGGCACCUCCCCCCGAUGCGCCCACGGAAGAGAUCACACCGACACCCGGCUUUGUGAUCAAGACCAGCGAGGUGGCGUCAGGACGUAAGGUGUUUAUUAACGUGUGUUGCUCAGAGCGGGUGGCGGCACCCGGCGGCUGGAGCAAUGGCGUCAUGCCUGAUGAGGUGGCGGCGGCAUUGGAUAAGUUGCAGCGCGGCGAGGAUGGAGCCGCAGCCAUGACUCCAGGGGAAGUGGAGGCGCUGCGUUUCCCACUCUCCUGCGGACCGCCUCGCUCCGAAACCGAUCGCAAGGGCGCGCCCUGUACGGCAGUCGACGUGGUGUUCAACUCGGACGUGGUGCGCGCCGCUGCUGCGGCACGGAAACUCAAGGCGAUGCUCAUCGAGGUGGCUACCGGCUGGGUGGCCAACAAGCUAUCCGUGGAGCUGGACCCCAGGUACAAGCUGCCCAAGAUGCGGUACAAGGGGGAGGUGGUGGCCACGCAAAGAAUAAGAGCAGAAGACAAGUGUUGUGUCGCUCAACUUCUCUCAUACUGCCACAGGAAGAAGAAGCUGGUUACGGAGCUACGUGACGUGGAUGAAGAACCCGCGUUCGCAUUGCGUACGACAAAGGCAGCCACCCAACCACCGCCGCCAUCGCAGCAGCAGCAAGCCGCCGCCGCCGCCACCGCUGCUGCGCCACAACGCGCAGGAGUAAGUAGCUCUGGGGGGGACAAGCUGGGCGCAGUAGCGCCAGCAGGUGCAGUCGCGGUAGCAACAGCCGCGAAGGGUACUGGGUUAGGGGAUGGCGGCGGCGGCGGAGGGCUGUCGUACAAGGUUGAAUACGAGGGCCGGCCGGUGGAAUGGAUUCUGGUUACAUUGGAGUUGCCUCAAGGUGCUGCGACAGCCACAUCAACAACCUCUGGCGGUCAUCAUCAGCAGCUACAGCCACCGGACGUGGCGAUCGACGUGUGUGGCCGUACAUUAUAUGUACGGCGGCCCGGUCAUCCGGAGCUUCUGGUGCCGCUGCUGUUUGCGGCAACGACGACGGAAGCCUCCGCGAGUGCAUCCGUAAAGGAAGACAGGAGUUGUGAAAUAGUCGUACGGUUGCCGUACAGGUCGUUGGACGAGCACCUGGCGGAUGCUCGUGCGCAGGCGCCACUGGCAUUCGGUCAGCUGAACUUCGCGAGCAAAGCGCUGCUUGAACUGGAACCUUGA